AUGGGAAGGAUGGAGAGUUGUUUGCCCCUCACGGGCAUGUUGCUGGCCGUUACAUCUCUGGCCACAAACAUGAUUAUAAGCAAAAUGGCCAUGUCCGAUGCCACCAGCAACUUCAUUCUAUCUGUCUACUCCAACGCAUUGGCCACUUUCAUUCUCUUUCCUUGUGCCUUUCUCUUUCACAGCAGGUCAAAACGGCCCCCUCUCACAUUCCCAGUAAUUUGCAGGGUUUUCUUGCUUGCUUUAUGUGGUGGCUUAGCUGAUAUCAGUAGCUAUGCUGGCAUCAAAUAUAGCUCCCCAACACUUGGAACAGAGUUGUUGAAUCUUGUUCCCGGUUUCACUUACAUUCUUGCCAUCAUUUUCAGGAUGGAAAAAUUCAGUUUGAGAAAAUCAAGCUGCAUUUCAAUGAUAUUGGGUACCAUUAUAUCUAUAUUCGGGGCGUCUAUUGUGACUCUCUACAAGGGUCCCGCAAUCGUAAAUAAGAUAUCAACCUUGAGUUCUUCGUCAUCACAACAAAAUUGGGUUCUCGGAGGAAUUUUGCUCGCUAGUGCCGCUUUCUCAACUGCAUCAUGGUCUAUAGUUCAGCAGACUUGGAUUCUUAAGGUAUACCCUGCAGAGAUGACGAUAGUGGCCAUUUACUGCCUCUUUGUCACCAUGCAAUCUACAUUAGUUGGUUUGAUUGCCGAAAAAGAUAUAAUAGCUUGGAAACUUCAAACUCGGAUAGGAUUGCUUGCUGUGUUGUACGCGGGAAUCAUAAACAUAACAUGCAGGCUCUAUAUGAUGUCGUGGUGCCUCUCGAGGACGGGCCCACUUUUUGUAUCUCUAUUCAAUCCCUUGACCAUUGUUAUUUCAGUCGUCAUAGGCGUCUUGUUUUUCCACGAAGUUCUUUAUUUUGGAAGUGUCGUUGGUGCCAUUAUACUAGUCAUCGGUUUCUAUGCUGUUAUUUGGGGUAAAGCCAAAGAAAGUGAAGAAGUAAUUCGUGUAGAACCAAGAAGCCAUGAGGUCCCAUUAUUGCAAGAAGGUAUUGAACAAGCCUAA